CCCACCUCACAUUUGCCAGUACCAGAACUCUGGCAACCAGCGACAGCAUUGUGUCUUCUUGGCGAAGAGAUUGAGCGAGGGAAAGGACAGGCAGGACGGUGAAAGAUAGAGAAAGACAGACAGAGAGAGGGAGAGAGACGAGAUUGACAUAUGGACAGGGGGUGAUGGUGGAGACCCGCACCUUCCAUCUCCACGUUUUGAGUGUGUCUUCGUUCAAAGGAGCAACUUCCAAUCAAAAAAACCAUACAUCUAUGUUUCCCAGUCGCUUGGCCUCGCUCUGACUUCUUCUCUUUGUAAAUGUUUUUUUCUUUGAAUAUUUAUAAUUAUUUAUAAAUGUUUAAGAAUAUGAGCAGUGGUAUCAGACAGCGUGGCUCCAAUUCUGACCUCAUAAGUUGACAGACAGACGCUGACAGGCUGCAGUGGAGUGUGAGCGACUUAAAGGAGGAGGGAGAGGACGCUAAACACUGAGCAGAUACGUGUGCGUUCUCCGAUCACUCGAACUCUGAGGGAUUUUGUACGCCAUACUCACGAGCCACAGUGGAUGUCAUAAUGUAUAUACUCUUUGAUAUCAAUCCAAUCGUCAGCAUUCUGGGACUUUUGGGGUCCGUAAAAGGAUUUUGACUCAUAUCCUCAAAAUACAUGUGGACAGACAGAUAGACGGAUAGACUUAUUAAGAGAAGCCACUAGAGACUCGUUCAAAACCAAAAAAGAAUUUGCUACUCGGGAUGUACAGUAAAAAAAAAAAAAACAACACAAAAAAACCAGACUUCCCCAUCACAUCAAACUGCAAGAGCCACCUCCUUUAUAUGCUGGAGCCAGAGACUUAAUCACAGCAUUAGCCCCUUAUUUAAGUUUGCAAAUUCUAUCCAACUCCGUUUAAUUUAAAUUGAACAUGGAAAUUAAUUAAUUUGCUUUACUGGAACAUUGUGCAAUAUUCUGUUACAUUAUAUUACAGUUGUGCAACAGCCAUCAUGAGUAAUAAGGCUGUACGAAAACCUCCUAAGCGUGUAACAGCCGGUGUCACUGUGAAGAUUCAUGAAAUAAUUAAUAAUAUUGUAAAAUCUAAAUAAAACUGAACUGAUGUUAAAAGACUUGUAUGCUGAGAAAUAAGGACAAUUCAUGCAUGUAUGUAGAAAUGCUAAAAUAUUGAAAAAUCUGUAGAAAAGUAGAACAAAGGAAAAGUAAAUAAAGGGUUAAAAGACUCCAGGCCAGGAGAAAUUUUUAAGGCCCUGCAGGACUAGCUGCGUGUGCCGGAAUAUAAACACAUUAUUGACUCUCGUGUAAAACACCACAGGGACGAGACACAGACUUGCAGCACGCACGCUGGGCAGCUGAGAAGAGCGACACCUUGACAGAGUUUCCUUCAGAGACUUCACCACCAUGAUGGAGAAGCUGAACUCCACUGGCCCGCCUGCCUCACCCCACGACAUACCUCGCCCCUCCUCCUCUUCUUCAUCCUCUGCCUCCUCACCAUCGUGUGCAUCCAUGGAGCAUAGCAGCCCUCUCUACAGCCAGCAGUCAGCAUCCUUGGAUGCUAUCGGCAGCCCACAACCCACUAACAAGACAGGGCACAAGGGACACACGGAUGUCCCUACUCCUGGCUCGACACAAGCCCUCAUCACCCCAAACACAGUGUUAACCAAUCACCAAGCAGAUACAACUGCUGCACCUGAGCCCAUUGCCAUGGAAACGGAGGAAGAAGAGGACGAGGAAAAACUAGGGGGGCCAAAGAGCACCACUGCUCCUGCUGCUUCAGCCAACGGGUCCCCAACUCUUUCCUCGCCACCUCCACUCCUCCCGGCACCAGCAAAGACUUCCCCGUGCCCUCUUCCCCCUCCAACCUCCACAGCUGCCUUCCCUUCAUCCUCAUCAUCCUCUCCUCUUCCUCCUCACAUUCCAGUUAUCAGCCUUGGCCACAGCAAGCCCCCACUGCCACUCCCAAAUACCCCUUUGACUGCCCUCCACCCAAUUCCCAAUCUCCUACAUGGGCCACAUGGAGACAUUCGCCGCGGCCAUUUGAACUGUUUACCUGUGGUCAGCCCCGGAGCUUCUGGAUCUACUGGAGGUCCCGUAGGUCCCACAGCUGCUUCUUCAGGGCCCCUGUUGCCUCAUCAGUACCUGUCUGGUCACCCCUUCUUCACUAGUUCGUACCUGGGUUCUUCAGGAGGAAGCUAUGGUGUCAUCAGCAACAACCGCAUCAAGAGGAGACCCUCCUCGCACUUUGAGAUGGAGAUGAAUGAAUGCCCUCCCCAAAAACUCGCCCGCCGCGUCUUCACCAACAGCCGUGAACGCUGGCGACAGCAGAACGUCAACGGGGCUUUCUCGGAGCUGAGGAAACUCAUUCCCACGCACCCACCUGACAAGAAACUCAGCAAGAACGAAAUCCUCCGCCUGGCCGUGAAGUACAUCAACUUCCUGGUCACACUGCUCAAUGACCAGGAUCAAGACAAGAGCAGGGACUCGGCUGAGGAUGAUGUGGAGGAUGAGAGCAUGGCUCCUGGUUUGGCAGGCAAAAAACUGAACCCUCGUUUUCAGUGCGACACUCCGCCACCAUCCCACUCUGCCCUGCCUGCGUCAGCCCGUCCCGCUUUGGCGUUAGCCCACAGAGACAGAGACUCAACUGACUCAAUCAGUGCCCUGGUUAAUUCCCCAGCAACGUCCAGUUGCUAUGGAGACACAGACAGUGAAGAAAGCUUUGGUGCUAAGACCUCUGUGGUUACCCAAGGCAUUCUGGGAAAGGUCAAGAGUCAGAUAGGGAUGGUGGCAGCAUCGAAUGAUGAGCGGUGACACCAAAAGGCAGUAAACACUGGGAGUUUAAAUGCCAGGCAGAGACGGAGAUAUCAAAAGUGUUUGAUCAAUUGCAGAAAGGUGUGAAUAAGUUUUUUAAAAAAGAGGGAUUUUUUUUAAAUGAAUUUUGCAGGUUUGAGAGCUUCUUUGUCUUUUCUGGCAAUGUUGAUUGUGAAGCUGUCAUUUAGUGAAACACCAAACUGUGCUUUGAGGAAGGCUGAGACAUGAAACUUAACAGAACACUCAAACCAGCUUCAUAUCCAAAUAUGGUAACAAUGAUCCUUUAAUAAACAUUAUACAACUAAAACAGUAGAAGAAGAAAGACACGAACAGGGCCCUGAUUACACGUGCUUAUAAAGGUAAUCCGGGGAAUUUAAAAUCUUCUUAGCAAAUGGAUAAAAAUGGAAGAUCUGUCAGAAAAAAGCAUGAAAAUCAAAUAUUUUGUCAGUCUCUGAAGUUUACAUGUAAAUAAUCAGCCUUGCCUCAGUUCAGUUACGGUAACUUAAGAGUGCCUGCAGAGAAAUGCAUUGCAUGCAGUGGUGAUUUGACGUUGCCGUUUCUUAAUGUCCUCGCUGCUCUAAUUGUCUGAAAAGCAGGGCCGAUGGUUCCGCCCUGACAUUGUGACACACUUGUAAGAGACAGAAAUAAAGUGUGUUUUAGUUUGCUGUUCCUUA